AUGCCGGUGAGACAUCUGUAUAUUUGUGAUUUUCACAAGAACUUCAUACAAAGUGUCCGAAACAAAAGAAAGAGGAAGACAAGUGAUGAUGGAGGUGACUCUCCUGAGCAUGAAACGGAUGUCCCAGAGGUCGACUUGUUCCAGCUCCAAGUGAACACUCUGCGGCGUUACAAGAGACAUUACAAGUUGCAGACUAGGCCUGGACUCAACAAGGCUCAGCUGGCAGAAACUGUCAGUCGUCACUUCAGGAAUAUUCCUGUGAAUGAGAAAGAGACACUUGCAUAUUUCAUCUACAUGGUGAAGAACAACAAGAGCAGGCUGGACCAGAAAUCAGAAGGUAGCAAGCAACUAGAAUGA